UUGGAAUUGUAAAAAUGUUCAAUUAAAUGGUUUCAAAUAUCUGUUGAAAUUAUGUUAACUAACAAAUUAAAUACUUUUCGUCGUUACUGUGCCCAAGCUAGCAACCCUUUUUAUGCAACAACGCCAAUAUUCUAUGUCAAUGCCGCACCACACAUUGGACAUCUUUACUCUGCGGUUAUAACGGAUGCCAUCUGUCGUUAUCAACGUUUGCGACAACCUGAACAGUCGUUACAUCUAUGUACCGGCACCGACGAACAUGGCACUAAAAUACAACAAGCAGCGUCAGCGCAAGCUGUGCCUGUAGCACAAUAUUGCGACGAUAUAUCAGCGCGCUAUCGUGAGGUAUUUGCUGAAGCCGGCAUAGCCAAUACAGACUUCAUACGCACGACGGAGGGGCGACAUAAGCAGGCGGUUGCUCAAUUUUGGCGCACGCUAAACGCACGUGAACACAUUUACUCUGCCGCUUAUAGUGGUUGGUAUUGUGUUUCGGAUGAGACUUUUCUCACAGAUUCACAGCUGCGCUUAGACACAGCAAGUAACACACGUUUCUCACUCGAGUCUGGGCAUCCGGUCGAAUGGACUGAAGAAACAAAUUAUAUGUUCCGUUUGUCAAAUUUACAAGAUGAUGUCUUACAUUGGGUAAAACAAGGUGGACGCAUACGACCAGGAAAAUUUGAGAAGAUUUUAUUAGAUAUGCUAAGUGAACCACUACCAGAUGUUUCCGUUUCACGUCCAACAAAUCGCGUACACUGGGCUAUACCGGUACCUGAUGAUGAUUCCCAAACGGUGUAUGUGUGGUUAGAUGCGCUAAUAAAUUACCUAACUUCGGUGGGUUAUCCUGAUGAAAAGUUCCGUAGUUACUGGCCUCCCAAUGUGCAAGUGAUUGGAAAGGAUAUUUUGAAAUUUCAUGGCAUUUAUUGGCCCGCAUUUCUUAUUGCUGCAGGUUUGGAGCCGCCACAACAACUAUUCGUACACUCCCACUGGACAGUGGAUGGGCAGAAAAUGUCGAAAAGCAAGCAAAACGUUGUGGAUCCGGUUGUGGCGGCCAAAACUUACACAAUGGAAGGCUUGCGGUACUUCCUGUUGCGUGAGGGUGUUGCACAUAGCGAUGGCAAUUUUAGCAACGUGAAGGCUUUGCGCAUCCUGAACUCUGAACUGGCAGACACACUGGGAAAUCUCUUAUCGCGAGCUUGUGCAAAAUCCCUUAAUCCGCGACAAGUUUACCCGCGCCUGCAUGCGGUACAACUCGACGAUUUGCUGCGGAUGGAUGCCACCAAGCGGCUGCAGGAUGCCUUGCAACAAAUUGAAGCACGUUGCGCCCAGCAUUAUGCGGAUAACAAUUUCUAUUUGGUCGUGGACACAGUAAUAUCCACUUUGCAUGCGGCCAAUAACUUCUUCGAAACAGCACGUCCGUGGGAGUUGAAGCGCCCGAUAGCUGCUGGUGGCACUGAUGCGGACGCGGCUAAUACGCGGAAUAUUGAAAAUUUCGAACGGCUAGAAACGAUAAUCGCCAUGACAAUGGACACGUUGCGCAUCUGCGGUAUUGUGUUGCAGCCGAUUGUGCCGCAGUUGUGUGGCAAGUUGCUCGAUAAAUUGGCAGUGCCGCAAGAGCAACGUUUAUGGCGUAAUUUAGGCGAAUGCUGCUUUGCAAUGUCCCCAUCUAUAUCCGCAUCUAAUGGAAAUGUAACAAGACCACUCGGUGCGCGCACAGAUGCAGUACUCUUCCGACGCAUACAACUUGACGAAAGCGAAUUGCUGGCGGCGGGUCAGGCGUAUAAGCCGCAAGAGAAGAGGCACACGAAGCCAGAUGUGGAGGAAAAUACAAGCAAGCAAACCAAACAAAAGUCGAACAAAAAAGCAGGGAAGAGCAAGAAAGUGGCGCUGUAGU